AUGUCUUCACCGAAAUCGAAACCAAAACAACUCCGCGAACCUCCUCCCUCCCUCUUCCUCGGUCCCCCCUCUCAAAAUGCCUCCCACGUCUCCCUCCCAGGCGUCGUCCCCGCCGCAGCACCAAACACCUCGCUCAUCCCCUCCAGAGCACCCCUCAUCCGGCAACGCUCGCAACUGGGCCCUCAACUCCCAUCCCGCGCAAUGGACGGGCCAACAUCUGACUCCGCGUCCGUAAACGUCACCCGAGCAGCUGCGCUCCCACGACAACUGCACGACGCGGAAGGCAAGAAACAGGCUGAUAGGACGGAUGCGCUCUGGGCCGAGAUGCAGAGCACGUUGGAGGAGGUCGAGCUGAGCGCUGUGAGCGGGACGCAUGUUUUUGGGCAGGAACAUGCGAGGGCGCUCGAGGGGCUGCGGGCAGCGCAAAUUGAGCUGGCGCAGGCGUGGGCAAGGAGUGAGGCGGAUGAUGUGGUGGAGAAUGCGGAUCGGGAGAGUAAGGGGCUGAGUGGGAGUAGAGGUGUUGGUGCUCUGGGGAGUGAGGGGAGGAGUGUACUUGAUGCUACGGGGGCGAGUACGGUUCCGAGUGGGAGUGGGAGGCCCGGGAGUAGUGGGAAUGCUGCGGUGUCGGGGACGGAGGCUGUGGGGACGCAGUUGGAGGAGGAGACGGAGGCGGAUAUUUUAUUGGCGAGGAAGAGGAGGGAAGCUAAUGAUAGGUAUUUUCAGAGGGUUAAUGAGGGGGUGUUGGAUGUGGUUGCUAAGUUGGAGGAGGUUGCUAAGGCUAUGAAGGCUGUGGAGCAGGAGAGUCGGGAUAUUUGGGGUGAGAAUGAAACUGCGAGUGCUAGGACGAGUUAUCAUGAAUGA